AUCUCUCCUGGCGCCGGCACCGGGGGCCGCCCGCCCCUUGGCGGCCGGGGCGUGGCUCCCCGUGACCUCCCAGCGUUCCGCCUGGGCUCGUGCUCCCACUCCGCGGUCCCUGCGUUCCCGCCAGAUAUUUAAGUUUCAUUUCCCGCUGCGACUGCCGGCUCCUCCUCCCGUGGCCUUUUCCGAAGCCGAGGCUCCCUCCUUUCGCGGAACAGAGAGCGCAAGCCAUGGAUCCCCGGCGCGGAAAGGCCACGCGGACAGCUUCGAAGGCCGGCACCGCCACCCCCAGGGUUUUGGCGCAAGGAGUGAAGGGUCCCCGGGCGGACCCCAGCGAACAUCCAGCCGCCCUUGGGGCCGCCAAGUGCGGCCCCGUCGGGGCAUCUGGAUCCCGGCGAAAGAAGAGUGCCCCAAGUUCCCCGGAAAGACCACAGGUGCGCGCGCGGACUACCCGCGCUAAAAAGGCACCUCUGGGCGCUGAGGACCUGGUGGAGGGGCUGGCGGUUCCCGCGGAGAAGAUGGCGCCUCCUGCGGCCCCGGGGCCGCCCCUUCCCAGGACUGGAUCUCGCCGCGAGAGGGGCGCGCGCGCCGCCCGUGAGCAGAGAGCCCUGCCAGAGCCCACGGAGGUCUCCGGCCUCGGCCCUCCGGUUCCAGCCUCGAGUCUCAGACGGAGGGGGGCGGCGCCGGGCGCCUGGAAGCCCCGAGCGGUGCUGGAAAAGUUGAGGCUGAGGCGCCAGGAAAUCUCAGUGGCGGCGGAGGUUGUGAACAGGGUUGUGGACCACCUGCUGCGGAGACUGCAGAGCUGCGAGUCCGAGUUCAAAGGUGUGUCGCUGCUGCGCACCGGAAGCUACUACGAGCACGUGAAGAUUUCUGCUCCUAAUGAAUUUGAUAUAAUGUUCAAACUGGAGGUCCCCAGAAUUCAGCUAGAAGAAUAUUGCAACAGUGGUGCUUAUUAUUUUGUGAAGUUCAAAAGAAAUCCUAAAGGAAAUCCUCUGAGUCAGUUUUUAGAAGACGAAAUAUUAUCAGCUUCUAAGAUGCUGUUGAAGUUUAGGAAGAUCAUUAAGGAAGAAAUUAAAAACAUUCAAGAUACAGAUGUCAUUAUGGAGAAGAAGAAGAGGGGCAGCCCUGCUGUAACACUUCUUAUUAGAAAACCUAAAGAAAUAUCUGUGGAUAUAAUCCUGGCUUUGGAGUCAAAAAGCAGCUGGCCUGCUAGCACCCAGGAAGGACUGCCCAUCAGUCAGUGGCUUGGAACAAAAGUUAAAACCAAUUUAAGACGACAGCCAUUUUACCUGGUACCCAAGCAUGCAAAGGAAGGAAAUGGUUUUCAAGAAGAAACAUGGCGGCUAUCCUUCUCUCACAUUGAAAAGGACCUUUUGAAAAGUCAUGGACAUUCUAAAACAUGCUGUGAAACUGAUGGAGUAAAAUGUUGCAGGAAAGAUUGCUUAAAACUAAUGAAAUAUCUCUUAGAACAAUUGAAAACAAAGUUUGGACCCCGAAAGGAACUGGAUAAAUUCUGCUCCUACCAUGUGAAAACUGCCUUCUUUCAUGUCUGUACCCAGGACCCGCAAGACAGUCAUUGGCACACCAGAGACCUGGAGCUCUGCUUUGAUAACUGUGUGACAUACUUCCUUGAGUGCCUCAAGGAAGAACAACUCCAGCAUUAUUUUAUUCCUGGAUUCAAUCUAUUCUCUCGGGACCAAAUUGACAAAAUAAGUAAAGAAUUUCUAUCACAGCUAAUUGAAUAUGAAAGAAACAAUGGAUUUCCAGUUUUUCAUGAAUUUUGAAAUUAUAUUUUUAAAAAGAAUCAAGAAUUAGAGUGACUUUAUAAUAAUUGGAAUGUUUGAAAUUUGUCACAUCAGUGAUCGAUUACAAUACAUGUAAAUAAUGAUUUAGCUCUCAGCUGUCUAAACUCUAAUCAGUCUAAAAGGAUUGAUCAUCCUAGGAAAGAAAGUAGUCAAGGAAUAAGAAGCAAAAGGAGUAUUUAAAAUCGAAAAGCUUUACCAUUUUGUAAUUAAAAGAAGGACAAGGGGUGCCUGGCUGGCUCAGUGGGUAGACUAUGUGACUCUUGAUCUCAGAGCUGUAAGUUUGAGCCCCAUGUUGGGUAUAGUGAUUACUUACAAAUAAAAUUAAAGGAAAAAAAGGGCAAAAUACGUAUCACCUGAGUUAAAUUCCUCAAGCACUUAUUGAACACUACUUCUCAUCAGCACAAAUGUGUGUGGAAAGUUGUAAGAGACAACAUUAGAAAUGAUCAUUGCCUCCAUAAAACUGGUAGGCUUUGCUCAAUGUUCAAAUAUAUUUAGAGGUAACGUCCUGUCUUAUGCUAGAAUAAGCAAGAAGGAAACGAAAAUAUAAGUUCUACGUUGUCUCUACAUAUCUCAGGAAAUCCAUAAAGUCAUAGCAAAAUGCUGAAUAAUGCAUGUGGCCAAAUAUGAAACAUAAUUUAUUUUCUUUUAUUAUUUUUAUUUUUAGUAACACUUUUUAAAAAAGUUUUUAUUUAUUUAUUUGACAGGGCCCAAGUAGGGGGAGCAGCAGGCAGAGGGAG